GUGAAGUUCGCUUGGUAAAUAAUACGGCGUGGGUCGUGUUUACGGAAAAAAUAUAUUGAUUUUGUUGGUAUCAAUUUAGUUCGAGUAACAUGGAAAACGAUAAAAAUGAAGAGAAAAGGAAGUCGAAAAAACGAUUAAAACAGGACAGUGUAGCUUAUAAAAGGCAUCGUGAAAAGGCUAAUGCAAGGAAGCGCAAGUUUUUAGAUAAUAUGACACCUGAACAAAAAGAGAUGAAAAGACUGAAAGAUAGGGAAUAUUACCAAAGAAAAAAAGCUGAAAAGAAAGUUAAAACUAUUAGUGAUAUGACUGAAAGAGAGAAGAGGAAACAAAGAAAGUCGUGGAGAGAAUAUUCUCAAAAGUAUAGACAGAAAAAAAAAAUGAUGGAAAAUAUUUUAGCUGAUAGCCCCCCAGCUUCCGAAAAUGAAAUGAAAAGCGAUAUUCGCGAGUUGAGAAAGAAAUCGGGGAGAAAACGAAUAAAAAAAGAUAGAGCGCAGGCAUACAGAAUCAUUAAAAAACAGAAACAACAAAUACAAAAAAUGCAAAAAUCUAUAGAUAAGUUGCGAAAAAAAGUAGAGAGAAACAGAAGACGUGAAGAAAGAGCAUCUCAACAUUGUGCUGAUACGCCUACUCGCAAAGUUGAUGAAAUUACAAGAGAAUGUUUUGUUACUCCAGAAGUUCGUAAACAUCUAUUAUUUGGCCAGGUUUUGACAGCCCAACUAAAAGACACUGCUGAAAAUUUACCAAAAAAUUCUAAACAGCGAGAAGCUUUUCAAAAAUGCGUCAGUGGGAAUCGUAUCAAAAAACAUCGUUUAAGUUAUAUUGCCAAACAGUUUCUAUAUAAAAAUAAGAAUAAAGACAACAUUUUAAUAUCUAAUCGGAGGCGUCAAACGCUUGCAAUUACUCAGCAGAUUCGUGAAGAUAUCCAUAAGUUUUUUGAGCGCGAUGAUGUCAGCAGGAUAUGUUCUGGUAAGAAAGAUUGCCUCAAAGGACACAAACAAAAGCGAUUGCUUCUAGAAACUGUUAAAACUUUGCAACCUCAAUUUUGUGCUGAGACUGGAAUUCAAGUAUCUUAUGCGACCCUUUUGAGAGAGAAGCCUUAUUGGGUAGUGCACCCUACAAAAAAGGAUCGAGAUACUUGUCUUUGUGUAAGGCACGAAAAUUUUGAAUACAAACUAAACAAAUUGAACCGACUGGGAGAGCUGCAUAAUUCUACAUCUCAGUUGAUAAAAACGUACAGCUGUGACAUUACUUCUUAUGAUUGUAUGUUUGGUUUGUGUGAUAAUUGCAAGGAGAUCAAAAUGGAAUCUGGGAUCAAUGAAGAUACCGUUCAAUACUUUCAGUGGCAAAUAACAAAAGAAGACCGAAUCAUAAAAGGAGAGAAGAAAACCAUCAAACUUACUAAAAAAGGUACUAUUACAAGCACAGUCAAGGAUUUGAAAAUGUCUUUAGCUGCGGAUAUUCCUCUAAUGAAAAAACAUGUUUAUGGAAUUGGCGAAAACUUGAAAGCAAAAAGAGAACUAAGAGAUAAUUUAAAAGAAACAGAGCUAAUGAUUCAAAUUGAUUUCGCUGAAAAUUAUAUGACAAAAUAUGGGAAAGAAAUUCAAUCUAUUAGAUUCGGAGCUUCAAAAGGUCAAUUAUCGAUCCACACAGGUGUUUUGUAUGCCAAAAAAGAUACGUCUCUACAAACUGUUUCAUUUGCCACUGUGAGUGAUAAUUUGGACCAUCAAGCUCAUGCUGUAUGGGGUCAUCUCAAAUCAGCAUUACAGAAAAUAUUAGAUACCAGGCCUCACGUAAAUACCCUUCACGUGUUUUCAGACGGACCCACAUCCCAGUAUCGAAACCGCACUAAUAUUUACUUAUGGAUUAAAACCUUAACGGACCAAUUUCCGCAAAUAACUGCUUCGACGUGGACAUUCAGUGAACCAGGUCAUGGUAAAGGGCCAAUGGAUGGUGUAGGAGGAGUACUGAAAAAAACUGCUGAUGACCAUGUACUACGAGGAAACGAUGUCAAUACAGCUGCAGAUUUUGUCCGUUUACUAAAAAAAUCAACUAUUUUACUACAUGAAGUCACGGACGAUGAAAUAGUUGCAAUCAAAAACUUAAUACCUGAAAAAAUAGAUGCUAUCCCCGGAAUCAUGAAUGUAACUAAGAUUGUCUGGCAGAAUUCUUCUGAUGUAUCCAUACUAUUGUAUCAAUUUUCAAAAUUGUUGCGAAUAAUUAAACUCCAAGCAUUUUCAAUCGAAGAUAGAGGAAUAGAAAGUCCAGCGCCGUCAGAAAUUAUAGAUUUAGACAUAGAAAUGAAUCGAGAGGUCCUGAACAGAGUAAGCAUUUACAACGCCGUAUACGGAUCAGACACUUCAGAUGAUGAGAAUCUCCAAACGAUUUCAGAUAGACUUCAUGGAAAGAAUCACGAUAAUGGUGCUGGUACAUCGUACGGAGAAGACAAGGAAAACUUGCAUCCAAACUUGAUACGCCCAAAGACAUUUUUGCUAGUAAAUGUACCAACUGAAAAUGAAAAUUUUAAAUACAGAUACGUGGCAGUAGCUGACACCUCAGUUGAUGAGGAUGGUGAAAUAAAAGUCACUUUUCUUCGUUGUCAGCAGAACUCAACAAAAAUGUUUAAAAUGCAACAACAUGAUGUUUCAUAUGUCACCUAUGAACAGGUUGUUAAAAUUUUACCCACUCCGAAAUUGCAGAUAAAAGGUAGUCGUAGCUUUUAUUAUUUUGAUGAAAGUAUGGACAUAUUUGAAAAGUAAUGUGGGUAAUAAAAAAUAAUCCUCUUCCUCUUUUUACAUAUUUUUACGUCUUUUGUAGGUUUAUUAUUGUAGGGCUAAGUUCAAUCUUUGAUACUCAAGUUACUUUGUGAUGUUAUGCAAGUAUGCAUAUAGUAAUAAUGUUUCUAAUGUCUGUUUAUUUUGAAAUUACAAAGUUUAUCGUUUUUUAUUUUAAUUUUAUCCAUUGUUACGUUAAUAAUCUUAAUAAUAAUGUGCUAUUAGCAUUUAGUUCCUAAUACCUGUUGCUUGUGAUUUAAACUACAAAGUUUAUUAUUAUUACAUUUCAAGUUUACCAUUAAGGAUACUCAUUCAUCAUUUUAAGGAUACUCAUGUUCCUCAUUUCUAAACUACAAAUAAAGUUAUAACUACAAA